GACCUCCCGAGCCAACACAGAGACGCUGGAUCACAGAUAAGAGACUGGAGAUCGUCUCUUGUUCUUCCUAUUUUCGAUAUUCUGUUAAUAUGGCCCCACGUCACGGCUCACUGCCAUGGUCGACGGUGAGGUUGUGUCUUGUGCUCUGUGCUUGCGGAGUGGCGUUGGCGAAUACUGUGCCCAAGAGGAGUAACUUCGGCUCGGAUGGAGGAGGAGGAGGAGAAGGAAUGGGAAGGGGAGGAGAAAGAGGUGGACGAGGAACAGAAAUGGAAGGGAGAGCGGCAGGAGGAGGAGGAGGAGGAGGAGGGAGCCCCAAGGGAAGGAGUUCCGUCGUCAAGCUGAUAGAGGAACCCGACUGCAAGGAGGACAUCGAGAGGAUCUGCAGGGACAACUUGAGGAACAACUUCGCCGUCCUGGAGUGUCUGCAGAAUGAGAGGAGAGACAUUCGCGAGGUAGUGAGCGACAAGUGCAACCAUCUCCUAUGGACUUACAAAGUGAACUUGACACGCAGCGGAAAGAUAGAGGAUCUGGCCAAGGGGGUGUGUGAGGAUGACAUGCAGAACAUCCCUGCUUGCAAGGGCCAGUCCAUGCCAGGUCACACAAUCUCCUGCAUGACUGAGAAGAUGGAUGAGAUCAAGGAUGAACGCUGCAGGCAGUACCUCCUACGGCUUGAAGCCAUUGUGUUCAGUGACUAUCGUCUUGUGGAGAACAUGAUGAACGAUUGCCAGGAGGAAAUUGCCAACCACUCUUGUGGGCGUGUCCAGGUGUCCCAGGAGGGCACUCCACAUUCACAGGGUGAUACCAUAGAGUGUCUCUCCACUAAGGUGCUUGAUCUGCGGCCAACUUGCCGUAAACAGAUUAUGAGACUGGCUGAACUACAGGCCGAUGACUUCCACCUUGACCGAGCACUUUUCUUUGCCUGCCGUGAUGACCGGGAGAAAUUCUGUGAAAAGACUCGGGCGGGUGAGGGACGUGUCUACAAGUGCCUCAUGAAACACAAGAUGGAGCGAGGAAUGAGCAAAGAGUGUGUGGAACAAAUGACCCGGAGGCAGAAGCUAAUGGUGCGGGACUACCAGGUAAGUCGGGGCCUGGUCAGGGCCUGCCGCUCAGCCAUCUCAGAGAAUCAGUGCCGCCGGGGCCUCGGAGACCAGAACCAUGACGUGAAGCUUUCCCAUAUCUUGCUGUGUCUGGAAGAUGCUGAGAAGAAAGCAGGCAAGGAUAUUGAACGGGCCUGCAAGGAGGAGAUGCUCACACACCGCAGGAUGCUGAUGGAGGACUAUCAACUCUCACCUGAUCUUUUGGUUGACUGUUCCAAAGACAUCAGCCAAUUUUGCCAUGAUGGCAUAGAAACUGGUGGGCGCACUCUCCACUGCCUUAUGAAACAUGCUCAUAGUCAUAAUCAGCAGGAGACCAUAUCAGACCUCUGCAAGAGAAGGCUACAAGAGACCAUCAAACAGUCAGAUGCAGGAGAAGACUGGAGGGCUGAUCCUGUACUCUACGAAGCUUGCUAUAGCAUGGUGGAGUCGAACUGUAGAGCCUUUCGUGGUGGCAAUGCAAGGGUACUGCGGUGCCUUAUGCAACACUUGGAUUCCCCCGAGAUGCCUACUGCAUGUGAGGCUGCCCUGCUAGAAAUUCAGUACUUUAUAGCCCGUGACUGGAGAAUGGAUCCAGCACUUUAUGCAGCAUGUUCAGAAAAUGCUGAGCGGCUCUGUGGGGCUAGGAGGAGCUGGUUCAAUGUGAAUACAUCUGAUCCUGAAGGGGGAGGCAAGCGUCGGUUUGAAUCUGAGGGAGGGAAGAAGUCAAAGGUAGAGCAAGUGCUGCCUUGCUUAUUCAGAUAUGUGUACCAUCCCAGCCCAAAACUGAGAUUGAACAGCACCUGUGCUGAGGAAGUGCAGAGAGUGAUGCAGGAACGGGCAGCCCACGUAGACCUUCACCCAGAGAUCGAGAGGGUGUGCAUGGGAGAAUUAGGGAAGUACUGCUCCUCCCACACUGGCCCUGGUGAGGAAAUUGCCUGUCUUCAAGACAACAUGGAAAUGUUGGAAAGAGAAUGCAAGGAAGUUGUUGGAAACUACACAGAGGCUGAAGCAAAAAAUACAGGCCUGAACGCACCACUUACAAUGCAGUGUGCGUCUGUUAUCCCACAGGGGUUCAACUUUUUUCUUCAGGUCCUUGAGUGUCUCAGGCAAAACAAGCAGAAUCUGUCAAGCGAGUGCCACAAUGUGGUGUUCCUUCGAGAGGAAGAGGAACAGCAAGACCCAGGCACUGAUGUGGUUCUUGUCAGCACUUGUAAGCAGAUGAUCCAGCAGUACUGCUAUGACAUCCCCACGGAGCAGUACCUUUCUUGCCUUAAGAAAAGGAAAAAUGAACUGAACUUUGAUCCAAUGUGUCGCCAAGUUGUAGUUCGACGAAUGGUGGAGCAGACAACCGAUGUCCGACUCAACCCUGAUCUGUACCGAGCUUGCAGGCGUGACAUGGCUAAGUUUUGCAGCGAGUUGGUUCAGAGGAUGGAACUGAGUAGUACAGAGCUCAAUGGGGGACUGACAGAAUGUUUAAAGGAACAACUUCCGACUAAGAGGUUGAGCGCAGCAUGUAAAGUGCAGGUGCUCACCAUGGCAAGGAGUUCUGCACUAGACUACAACAUGGACCCAAUUCUUCUCACCAACUGCAAGGAUGAUAUGAAUGUCCUGUGCCAUGACUACCUGAACAACGACGGCGGAGGCAAGAUGGAAGAGUGCCUGAAGCUGCACUUUGACACUGGUCGUCUCCAGUCAGAAGAAUGUAAGAUCCACAUAGCCCACGUUAUUGAUACUCAGCGUGCAGACAUACACGUUGACCCCAUCCUUAAUGAGGCUUGUGGAAUAGAUGACAAUAAGUACUGUGAGGGCAAGGAGAAAGGACAGCACCUGGCUUGUCUGCUUGAUGUCUUAGAGAGGAACCCGAAUGGCCUCAAAGAGGACUGCAGCAAAAAGCUCCGUGACAGGAAGCAGAUGUUUAGUGCAGCUUACAAGAUCUCACACCUGAAGUCCAUUGAGGACAUUGUCAACCAUGUGUCUGCCUCCCCAGAGAGGAACUACAUCCUCUUGGUCUUCGUGACGGCCAUAGGCAUCAUCUUUGUUGGAGGAUUAUUCUGUGGACGAGCCACCAAACGCUACAAGUUGCUCAAGGAUAGAUAAGAGUUGGUAGUCUCCAUAGAUAAUGGGCGUGUAGAUAUAACAACGUGUUAAUCUGGGGGUGAUAACAGAUUUGUAAUUUUUAUUAGAUUGAAUGAUAGCAUAUCUGUUGUGUGUACAUGUUUAGAAUCUUGUUUGUGUGUGAGAGAGAGGAAUGUUUGUGUAAAAUGAGAGAUUUCUUAGUAUUUAAGAUUCUGAUAACUGUUUGCUGGAUGUUGUUAGAGGGAGAAUAUAUUCUGUAUCUGUUAAGUAAGUGUGUGAAAGAAAUAAGUUUGGAAAGUGUAUUCAUUGAGUGGACGUAAUGAGUACCCUUUGUGAGUGAUCUGUGUGUUGAAUUUGUUUUAUUUUGUAAAAAAUGGUGUAAGUGUUAAGAAAAUUAAUAGAAUGUUGUCUGUUAUGAUGCAAAGGGACAAGAAAAAGUGAUAAAGAACAGAAAAUAAACAAGGUCAUGAUCAAAUUCUUGAACAUCAUUUUCAGGUGCUAAUAAACUGUACUAGUUGAUUCAGCCAAUUGACAGGGCAACAUCAAUAAAUUUUGAGAUUUGAAAGUAAAGAAAUAAAGCUGCUUCAGGUAACAAUCAUGGAAAAAGAAGAGAUCCUGGGAAAUGAAUCAGACCUGCUAGCGAAGACUUUGCCAAAUACUUUUCAGUUUCAUCUUAAUGUUGUUGUUAUUCCUGUGUUACUCAAGCUUUGCUGUACAAGGGUGCAGAUUGUUUUCGAUUAUCAAGAUUUGUUAACUUUAAGGGAAUACUGUGUUAGGUUGAAACUGUGACACUGAACAGUUCCAAUCAGAGCAGAUGUUUGUAUCAAGCAUUCAUUUUAAUGAAUUUUGUCAUUGAGCAAUUAUUCAGUCUGAUUGCAGUUGUAUGGUUUCAUAUCAAAGGAAAAGGCUUACCAUGUUAACUGUAGUAUGAGGAUUAUAUCUGGUAUAGUAUUCUACAAAAUAUACUUGGAAUAUGAAUAUAUGAUGGUUUGAGAGUGACUUUUCUUUAUGUCUAUUAUAUUUUCUAAAUCUGUAACAGGCCUGUGGAGGAUAAGAGUGGAAGCAGUGUUGAUCAGGUCUACUUGCAAUAUCAUAGUAGUUAUCCUUGCUCUGACAUCUCAACCUAUUCUUUUCAGAUACUGGAACAGUUUUAAGAUAUGAUUGAUUUAUCCACUUAUGUGUUGUAUUUUUUAUUCCCCCCCUUUUCUUUCUCUCUUUCUUCCAGUUACUUAAACCAGGUCCUCCCACAAAGUGGAUGUACGAAUAAGUUGAAAGUAUGCCACAGUGGCCUCCUGUCUUAAAAAUGCCAAGUGGAGGCUGACCACAUUAAAUAGUUGUGUAGUUAGUGUAUGGUAAGUGAGGCUACAAAGGACUCUUAAAAUACUGCAAAGGAUCUCCAAGGUCUUCUUCAAUGCAACAUGUAACAUGAUGGCAUGUUCAAUAAGGAGAAAGUUUUCAUUUGAAUGUAUGUAGAUCUGUGUGAUGGGGAAUUAUGUAUUCAUGACAGAGAAUAUGUAUUUUCAGGUAAAGUUAGGAAAUUGCCAUUUUUUAAUAGAUCAUUUGUAAGUCACCAUUUAACUGUUUCUUAGGAUAUUUAUAUCUUUAUCAUUAUUAAUAUAUAUAUAUAUAUUUUCGUUAGGUGUGUUGCAAAACAGAAAAUACGGCAACUACAGUACCAAAGAUAUAAAGUUGUUAACAGGAUUAGUCGAAUGUAUAUCUUUAUAAGAAACUUGGUAUUGCAAUGUCACCAAAUGACAUAUCAGUCAUAAAGUUUAUGAUUUGUUUGUUAUGUAUUUUAUAAUUGACACACACACCUUAUCUCAAGUGUGUGCAGACACUUGCACAACAGAAUGGACACAUUAAUCUUACCUACACUUAUUAUUUUCACUUACUUGAUCACUCGCCCUUUUAUUUACCACACACCUAAUCAUAAUGAUGUAUUAAUGAAAAAGAGUUUGCUUUCAUGACUAGAUAUCACUCAAUUAUUAUGCUGCAUAUAUACUAUAACAGAUUUGCUUUUUAUGCUUUAUUAAUGAUGAUUUGAUGUGAUGAAUUGCAUGGGGAAUAAACUAACUACAGGUUACAAGACAUUGUGUAGAUCACAUGUAAUUUAAAAGAAAAUAAAUGUAAUAGGAGCCUGAUCUUGUAGGUAGCCCACAGAAAGCACAAAAGUGAUAGUCACUGUAGUUUGUUAGUUAAUGAUUGCUAAUGAGAUCAAAAUAAAAAAAAAUGUGUUUUCUCAUCUAUUUUUUACAUUUAUUUUUUAUAAGAUGAUUUGUAGAAAUAGACUCAUAUUAUGUAUAAUUUCCCUCUAUCUUUCUCUCCUGAGUCCCUGACUAAUUAAUGUGUAAAUUCUUAAAAGAAUUCUCAUUUGUUCUUCAUAUGCACUUAGUUCCAACACUGGAGGUGAUAGACACUAGUAUAUAAGGUUUACAUAAAAGUAUGAAUGUUUCAUUCUUCAGCACAUGCAUUUAUGGUGAAGAUGCAGAAUAUUCACAUAUGAAACCAACAAACAAACAAAAAAAGAAAUUGAUAUUGUGAACUUCAAUAUUCUGCAUACAAUUUGCAGUAUAAAAUACAGACAUCAUUAAAAAAAAGACAAAAAAAAAAAAACUAUGAAUGGAUGGUGCUUUGUAAUAGAAACAUUUAAUUUGUGUGUUUUGAAGGUAUGUCCUUGUGCUUUUUUAAUUUCUUUCAUUUUUAUCUAGAAAAUGCUUUGUUCCUUUGUUUUCAUAAUAUAUGUGUUGAUUAUUGUUUUACUGAGUAUUUACUUAAUUUUUUGCAUUACUGUGUGUAUUAAGUUUUCAUAAUAAUUUCUUCAUUUGAAUUAUUCACCCUCCUCAUCUCCCCUGCGAAGGAGAAAGAAAACUGGGAGAAAAAAUCUGUAACAGGUAAUGAUUAAAGAUGUAAUUUUUUGAAAUAACUAUGGGUUUCCUUCAUUUUUUUAUAUUUUCUUUCUUCUUGUUCUUGUUCUUCUUCUUUUUUUGCUUUGUUAUCUUUGUUUUCUUCAUCUUCUCACCUUCCGUGACCAUCUCCGUCUCCCUAAUUCAGUGAUCUGCGAUUUCCACGACUGUAGUUAAAGUUGCCUUGUGAUUGUUCCACAAAUAACAACUGGAAAGGGAAGGUCGUUCUCUUUCGUUCAGUGGUGCCAUGUAGGGAAGAUAUUAUGUUGCUGAUCAAAAAAGAAUAUUGUAUGCAUAGAAUUAGUAAAAAAAGAGAGAGAGCGAGAAAGAAAAAAAGAAAACUUACUGGUGCAUUUAUUAUCCAUUAUUGGGUAUCUAAAAGCAAGAAUUUGUAACUGAAUAUCAAGUUUGGAAAAGUUACAUUUUGAAUUCUAGAUGUUUUGGUAUACAUUAUCUAGUCAUUUUUUUCUUUAAUUAAUGAGUUAUAUCAGGUCAAGCCAACUCUGUAUUUGCAUAUCUGUCUUUUGAUAAGUCUUGGAGAAUGUAUUGUCUCUAAAUUGAUGAUUUCAAAAAUGUUAAAUAAUGAAUGCUCUGGAUAAUUUCCAAAGAUUGAAGGAUCCAAAACAAAAUUGAUAUCCUUAUUUAACAGAAUGUAAUGUAAUUGUUAUAUUUUAAUUUUUUGGAAAGCUUUGAAUAGAAUUUCAGGCUAUUUAGCACUUCGGAUUAAAUAUUUAAAAUCACUUGACCCAGAAUAAAGUCCAAGAACUGUAUUCUUUUUAAAUCAAAGGUUUGUUAUUGACUGCAAUUACAUUUUUUUUACAGUACUGAAGGAUAAUGAAGGACUCAGAGAUUUUAACAAAAUCUUCAGUGAACACAUAUAGGUACUUUUGCCAACAAUUUUCUUGCCCAAAUUGUUUUGUAUUAGUUGAAACUUUAUCUUUCUCUCUUAGGGAACUGCAUGGAACAAAUUGUUGUUUUAAUAAAGAAAACACACACACACACACACACACACACACACACACACACACACACACACACACACACACACACACACACACACACACACUCACUCACUCACACUCACACUCACACUCACACUCACACUCACACUCACACUCACACUCACACUCACACUCACACUCACACUCACACUCACACUCACACUCACACUCACAAUCUUAUAUGGCUGAAGUAUAAUUUUUUCUUAAAGGAAAUAUGUUUACUUUUAACUUGUCAUAAUUACAGCUCUGAAUAUUCAUAUUAUCUAGUAAUACUUUAACUCCAGUCUCUUGAUUAUAUGAUUAUGUUAAGAUAUUUUUGUAUAAAGCAAAACUUCUUGAAAUGUUGAUUAAAGCAUUCCAUUUGCAGAGACUGUUGAAAUGGUCUGUGAUUCUGUAUAGAGUAAAAUGCAGUUCUAGCAUAUUACCAGCUUGUGCAUUAUUUGUACGUACACUUGUAAGGCAUGACCAGUGCACCCUGAAAAAACAGCAGUUGAUGCUUGUGGAAUUAAUGCAUUGUCUGAAGUUCAGCAUGUGUGAAAUUAUGUAAUGAAUCUUUCAUUUGAUUAAGGUAACCUGAACAAAAAUCUAUUCAUAGGGUUUUGAUUAAUUUCCAAGUUUUCCAAAUAUGUAAAACACGAAAAUAUGGUGCUACUCACUCUGCAGUCCUUACCACAUGCUGACACUGUUGAUGCUAAAGCGGAUAAAGACGCACCCUCACUGCAAGCUCUUUUAGACACUGCACCGAGAUAAAGACAAAAGCUAUCUUGACACUAUGUUAAAGGAGCAUAAAACAUUCCUUAAAAGUAACAGUUCUGAUAAAGAGUAAGUUAAGUGUGGUAUGUAGACCAAGCUUACAGUGUCCAACUCGAUAGUUUUUAUAUAAGCCUAUGUGUCAUUUGGGAGAGCAUUUUAUAUUUGGGUGCAUCGGAAAGUCAAUGUGAUGUAUAGUACCCCCAUUUAUCUCAGAAAAUGUAAGUUAUCAUUCCUGUCAUUCAUAAUAGCCUUAAAAAAGCCUCUUUGGUGGUGUGGAUUUUUGAAUAUUUGAUAAAUGGUUCUACAUGU